CUGUUAGGCCAGCAAUUCAUCUGCGAAAUCUUUGGUUGCAAUUCUCGAAUUUUUGAUGUCCCUAUCUGACUUUGUCCUUGAGCAAGAUUGAAGAAAAUAUUGCUCGAGGUAGCUACAAGUAUAGAAAGGCUCGCCUUGGCAAGUGCCGGACCUGAAUUUAGCCACCCUCGACAUCUUUAUUUACCUUACAGUAGCGUGAGCGUCCCAGCUUUGAACCCGUGUCUCCACAAAGCUUCAUCCACAAGACAGUCCAAAAUGUCAGCAUCACUGGCUCCUGAAUGUGACGGGGUCAAAGAACGCUAUGACACCUGCUUUCUGAAGUGGUACAGCGAGAAAUACCUCCGGGGAAAAGGCACGGAAGAUGAAUGUGCGGCUUUGUUCAAAGACUACAAGAAGUGCUUGACUAGCGCUCUGAAGGAAAGGGGUAUCGACCAGAUGUUGGAGGAGGCCCGGGCAGAUCACAAGGAGAGUGACGAGGCUCACAUGCGUCGAAGUUAAGCUGCUCGGACUAUGUAAAAAUAUGAAGUUGAUUCAGCGGCAUUGGAACGGCGUUAGGAACAGGGAGCUCUACUCUUGCUCUAAAUUGAAGCACUUUGUCUCUCGCC